AAAACCGUGAGGUCCUUCUGGGAGGAAGCCUUCAGCCGACAGCGACAGCCAUCCGUGCGCGGGCGGGACCGGGAGUCACCAUCCAAGGACAUCGAAGAUGAACACCGUCCAGAGCACGGGCCAUGCGACCGUUCGGAACAAGAAGGACUCGCAGUUCGAGGAAUUAACUGUCUCUUCCUCGGAAAAAAGAAAUUGGAGAGGCAUUUUUAUUGCGCUUUUAGUGAUCGCUGCCGUAUUGGGGCUAAUUGUGUUUUCCAUUCUACUUCUAUCACCAGAGAUCGAAAGCUCGAAGCUGCACGGGCGUCGAAUAUCGCUGUACGAUAUCAAAUCGGGCCGGUACGAGUGGAACACGCAGAACGGUUCCUGGAUCAAUCGGUACGAGUAUGUGUUCAUCAACGCGGAAGGUGGCCUGACGGCACUGCAAAUCACCCGCGAUGGCGGCUUCCGGUUCGAGGUGCUCAUGAACAAUGCCACCUUCCGGCAGCUCAACGUUGACAGCUACGACGUGUCACCGGAUCGGAACUUUGUACUACUGUACGCCUCGAACGGAAACACGCAGCGCUACAAUCGCAGCUACUACAUCUACGACCUAGCCGCGUCGAACGUGUUCUCCCUGUCGGCGAAGGAAUCGGACACGACGGCACCGCAGCUCCAGCAUGUCCUGUGGGCGCCGGUGGCCUCGAACGGCUCGGGUAUGGGCGUUGGUGGCGAAAAGGCGAUGUCCGGCCAAUCCUCCCACUCGUCCUCUGCUGGGUCGGCUGGAUCGUCUGGUGCGGGCUCGUCGCCGAGCUUGGGCACGGCCUCUUCCCAGGGCAUCGCGUACGUGCAUCAGGGUGACAUCUACUACAAGCCACGCGUGCAGUACGAUCUUAUCUGCCGGAUCACCACCAGCGGACGGGAUGGGCCCGUGCUGAACGGUGUGCCCGACUGGCUGUACUCGAACGUGCUCGAGCUGAAGGGACCGUCAUUGCUUUUCUCGCCCGACGGCCAGUAUCUGUCCUUUCUUUCCUUCAACCUGUCCGGCGUUCAGGAGUACCAGUAUCUGUGGUACGGUGAUGGGCAGCAGUAUCCCAAGAUACACAGUCUGCGCUACCCGAAGGUACAUGCGGCCAACCCGAACGUGACGGUGUACGUGGUGCAUCUGGGCGUGCUGAAGUACAUCUUUCCGAAACCGGUCCACGUGCCGGCGUACAUCCGGUCGACCGACAGCUACGUCGGCGGGCUCAGCUGGCUCUCGCCGACGGAGCUCUCGGUAACGUACGCGAGCCGCAACCAGAGCGUGGCGCACGUGCUGCUCUGCCGGGCACCGACGUUUAGCUGUGUGGAGAUCUUCCAAGAGAAGGCAGUGGCCAACUCGUGGGUGCUGAUCGGCGAGACGCCACUGUUCAUCCGGCGUCCGACGGCGCUGGAAAACUAUGCCGCCGAUGCACCCCAGCAGCCGCCGGCCGGUUCAGCCCCGACCACGACAACGACCACGGCCGCACCACCACCACCACCAACGCCGCCCCCACCGGCAAUGCCGCGCCAUCUGUACAUGCUGAAGCGGCUGAACGUGCGGGACGGUUCGCACGGCUACUAUCGCCACCUGGUGCUGGUCCUGCUCGGCACCAAGCGCACCAUCACCCUGACGAUGGGCCAGUUCGAGGUGACGGAAAUCGUCGGGUACGACGAGCGGCGCGGGCUCGUCUACUUCAUGGCGGCUCCGUACCACAAGCCGGGCCAGCGCCACCUCUACAAGAUACCGCUCGGGCUCGAGCAGCUCGCCUCGAUGGCGGGCGGCGGUGGCGGCACUGGAUCUUCGGCUGGCUCGAGCGAGCCGCACCAGCCGGAAACUGGCCGGCCCGGGCACAACGCGAGCGACGUGCUGCUGCUGCGCCCGUUCGGCUCCGCCGUGCCGUACUGUGUGACGUGCGGCCGGGGCCCCACCGACGGUAGCGACGGCGCGGACGGUAGCGAUCCGAAGCGCCCGAACAACUGUCUGUUCAAUCGCGUCUCGUUCAACGACGACUACACGUACUUCGUGCAGGAGUGUCUCGGGCCGGAAUCCCCGUCCACCUACCUGGUGGAGGCCGGCACGGAGCGCAAGGUGCGCGUCCUGAACGACGGCAACGAGCUGCGGGAGCAGCUGGUCCAGCUGGCCAAGCCGCAGAUCAUGACGUUUAGCGUGCAGAUCAAGUACGACUUUAACGCGCAGGUGAAGCUGUUCCUGCCGCCCGGCGUCAAGGAGGACGACGACCUGCAGCUGCCACUGAUACUGCACAUCGAGGCCGGCCCGGAACGGCAGCUCGUGUCGGAGGAGUACAGCGUCGACUGGAACUGGUACCUCAGCAGCCACCAGUCGUACAUUAUCGCGCAGAUCGAUGCGAGGGGGUCCGGCUUUCAGGGCGAGUCGCUCAAGACGCAGAUCCGUGGACGCGUCGGCAUCGAGGUCGAAGAUCAGCUGGCCGUACUGAUGUAUUUGCGGGAUAAUCUGAAGCUGGUAGAUCCCAAUCGCAUCUGUGUCUAUGGCAAGGGUUACGGUGGCUACAUCGCAAUGCAGAUGCUUGCUACGGACGCGAACCAGGUGCUGAAGUGUGUUGCCGCCAUCUCGCCGAUCGUUUCCUUCCGCUACUUUAAUUCCUUCUUCACCGAGCGGUACGUGCUGCAGCAGGACGACACCGAGCGGUCGCUGAUCGAGUCGGACCUGUCGACGAAGGUUGCCAACCUGGCCUCGAAGAACUUCCUGCUGAUCCACAGCACGGCCGACUGCGUGGUACACGAGCAGCAUGCCGCCCUGCUCACCCGCUCCCUCGUCAACCGGGGCAUCAUCUUCCGGCACCAGAUGUACGUCGACGAGGAUCACGAGUAUCGGAGCGUGUCCGAGCAUCUGUACCACACGAUCGAGACGUACAUCGAGGAGAACUUCGGUAACGAUAACCAGGACUGGACGUCGGCAUUCUUCCUGUCUAAAACGUAGUUCUUCCAGUGGUAGGAGGCAAAGCGAACCGAAAGAAAAUAAUACACAAACACACACACACACAUACAUACACAUACAACCAUUCUCACAGACACACACAAACACACACAGACACCUUCACACAAAGGCAGAGAAACAUCACGACACGUUUGAUUAAUGAUAGAGUAAUGAUAAUUUAAAGAUAAAAAAACAAAGAGCAAAACAAGAAGAGAAAAAUAUAUAAGAAUCUAAUAAAUGAGAAACAAGGAAAAACAUUUUGCAGCUGAGCAGGGACGAACGUGGAGUAGAGUGAAGUAAAUGACAUACAUAUUUAAAGCAAAAAAAAAACAAUGUGUGGGUGUACGAACAAAUUAAAUGGAUGCAAAUUUAAAAAGGAAACAAUAAAACGAAACAUGUGCACCUCCGCGCACGCAGAUACACGCAUGCCGCUGUAAAGAGAGGGGAGGAAAGCCAAUUUUUGACAGAAAAAGAAGAAGAAGAAGAAGAAGAAUCGAAGACAACAACCUAAAAGUAGUGAAUUGCGCUGGCAAUUUGCAAAACAGAUAGAUACUAGUCUUGUCUAGCGUUUGAAAAAAGAACGCCAACACACACACACACACACACACACACACACACACACACACACACACACACACACACACACACACACACACACUUCCCCCGGUGUUUGAACAUUUCACAUUUGAUCCUUCUACUUGUCUGCAAUCCAGCAUGCGUGUGUAUGUGUGAGUGUGUGUGUGUGCCUAGAAUUGCGAGGAUGUAUGUGUGUAUGAGUGUUGUGUUCAGUGUGCGAUAGCUAUUUUAAACUGUUCCAGGCUAAACAUACACCAGCGAAGAGAAAACAGUGAAAUCCUACAAAAAGCACCGAUUCACACACACACACACACACACACACACACACACACACACACACACACACACACACACACACACACACACACACACACACACACACACACACACACAUCAUGUCAAAAAUUUCGAUUUUUUCUUUCCUCCUUUACGUACGAAAUUAAAAUUGCCGAAAGUCCUCCAGGGUGUUUGGUCACUGGAACACUGGAUUGGAAGCAAAAAAAAACAAAACAAACUGUUCGAAAUGAAAAUAGUAGACACGGACGACAACUACUAAUAAAAAAAAGAAAUACAAAAAAACAACAAAAAAAACCAGCACGGUACGGAUAAAACCCGCGGCCGAGUGAGUUUGACUAUUGAUUUCAGCGUCAAACGAGAG